AUGUACUUCGCCCUCGGCACUGCAAAAACGCUCACGGUCGGAUCGCUCGCCAAUGUCACUGGGUCCUCCGGCCUCGGCGACGGGCAUGGCAACCUGGCGUAUCUGACAAGUCCCAGUCGGCUCCGAUCGCUGGUCGCGAUGAAGGCUUCGCCGGACGGAAGACUUUUUGCAUGCAUCUCGGAUAACACCCUAUUUUUGUGGAGCUUGCGGCCCGACGCCAUCAUUGCAAGGGUCACCCGCAGCACAGCGACAAUCGACGAAGACGGAGAAAACGUCGAUCUGAUAUGGAAGCCGGACAACAGCUCCAUUAUCGUGAUAACCGACAAGGGAUUCCUGCACUUUUACGACGUCACAAACGGCAACGGCAUCAUGUUCGAGUACAGCUUUGCGGCCCCGCAUCACUAUGUCCUUGGUGCUGGUGAGGGGACUGGCAUCCCCCGGCUUCUCCUCAAGUUUCGAAUGGCGCUUGAAAUCGACACAGGAGUUCAAUGCGGCAUCGGUCUUCCUUCGGAGCUUCUUGUGUGCACAAAAGAGACCCCUUCGAUUCUGUCCCUCUCAUGGGCGGGCGAAAUUCGGGUCCGCGGCACAAUUGCCCUCUCGAGCUUACAGUUCUUCAGGGACGAUAGGGAUGGUAGCCGCACCAACACAAAUCUCUUCGCGUGGAUCUCCAUGAGCGGGCGUGCUUACGUUGCCCGUCGCAAAUCCUCGAGCGAUUCCGAAAAGAUCGACAAACAGAAUCAUCUGUACGAAUGGUCGGGGUUGUGCUUCUACAAUUCUGAUGGGACGAGCUCGCCCGCGAUCAGCGCCUCGAUCAACCACGCCUUUUCAUUGAUUGCUGUUGGAAAUGCCAAUCUCGCCUGGACCGAUGAUGGAUUUGCGCUCGCCGUUGGAUGGCUGAUGGGAGGCUGCAGCGUCUGGAGUGUAUACGGCAAGCUCAUCAUGAGUACCGUCAGCGAAGAUACACUUGUCCAAUCGCCUGACAAGCACACAUCCUCACAAAUGGACCAGUACUUCCACGGAGUCCGCAACCUCUUUUGGGGACCAGGUGGCCACGAGCUGUUGCUUCUUCCGAUGCCAUCGCUGGGCUGCUUGUCAAUCGUCGAUAUCUUUGCACUCCAAUUUGCAAAGUCCACCCUCAGUCAGUGCCGCACCAUCGACAACACCAGAAAUGUGCUGCUCGUGACCGAUGACAAACUCCUCGUGUACGAGGGCAAUUCCUGGGACUUUGACGUCAUGAACUCUGAGAUGAUCCAGUGGGAUACAAUCCAGAUGCCAAUUACCUACAUCACACAGAACUGGCCCAUCAUGUAUACAUCUAUCAACCUCACUGGGCAUUACAUAGCGAUUGCCGGGCCACGCGGCCUGGCACAUUAUAGCACGGUGUCAAACAAGUGGAAGCUGUUUGGGAACGAAGCGCAGGAGCAAGGGUUCAGUGUGCAGGGUGGCAUGGUCUGGUUCAAGACGCUACUUGUUGUCGCAUGUCGGAACCUUUCAUCAAAAGAAGCAGAGAUCCGCAUUUACUCCCGCGAAAUGAAUCUCGACUCGGCCCAUCUCCAACAUACAGAGCGACUAUCACACCCAGCCGUCUGUAUGAAUUCGUUGGACAACAACCUGCUGGUCUACACACAAGACAAUGUAAUUCGGUUCUACACCAUCAACCAAGGUAUCCUCGGGUCAUACUCCAACAAAACAUGGCUCCAGAUCCACCAAAAAAUCUCCCUUGUUGGAGUCGUCGUUGAUCCUCUAUCGAUUAAAGCCCUCUCGUGGUACUGCCUCCCAGGCGAGGUAUCCCUUGAGACCAUGCAGGGCAGUCCGUUUCUCCUGCUUAAAAACGGCGAUUUGAGCAUGCUCCGCGAGCUGGACAAGACCUGGGAGCACAUUGGUCUGUCGAGGAAUGUUGAAUAUUUCUGGAUCAGCAACCCCCACGAGCGGCUCGGCGAUCUCUACAAUUCACUCUGGGCCUUCGAUGGGGCUGGCGUCAAAAUCUGGGCCAACAUGGUUCUUCGCGACAUGACAAAGACAGACUGGAGAGUCGACGAGAACUAUGCAGAGUCGAUCCGGAUCAACAUUGACUAUUACCCAUUGUCCGUCCUCCUGCCUCGCGGUAUUCUGAUGGGUGUCGAUCAGCGAAUGUCACUCCAAAACUCAAUUCACUCUGUUCGCUUUGCCCACUGCUUCCGACAGUUUGAGUAUUUCAACCAUGCCCUCGAGCUCCUGCUGCAUCAGGUCCUGGAGGACGAGGCUCCGACUGCCAUAGGCUUUGCCGAAGGCGCUGUGCUGCCUGCAUCGAUCAAGUUUGUUGAGCAGUUCCCAGACUAUAUGGACAUUAUUGUCCAAUGCGCGAGAAAGUCCGAGGUGGCGCUGUGGGACUACUUUUUCAAGAUUGUUGGCGAUGCCAAGGAUUUGUUCAAGCUUUCUCUCGAGCGCGCCUCCCUCAGCACAGCCACGUCGUAUUUGAUCAUCAUCCAGACCUUGGAAGCUUAUGAAGUCAGUAGCAAGAUGGCCAUUUUGCUGCUGGAGCGAUGCUUUGAGCUCGAAGACUUUGAGACCGGAAAGGAGCUGAUCCGAUUCUUGACGAAUAUCGAAGGCUCGGACGGCAUUUCCUUUGAGAACUUUCGGAAUCCCGGUGGGACUGGCCCUGCGAUGUCUCGCAUGACUCUGCCGGAGCAGCAAAGCAAACACGCUCGAGCUCUGCUUUCCAAGAGACGCAUUCGGAGCCUUGGGCGAUUCGCCGAAGCAUUUUCGUUCCCGCUGGUAGAGUGGCUGAAAUACGAAAGGUAUGCAUGUGAUGUUGAUGUUGAUGUUGAUGUUGAUGUUGAUGUUGAUGUUGAUGUUGAUGUUGAUGUUGAUGUUGAUGUUGAUGUCCAUGCCCCCAGGUGCGCUGCUUCCCUGGUAUCAGCGUGGUUGGCAAUCUCGUAG